ACGACUUGCUGUCGAUUAAAAAAGGAACAUGCCGUAACGAGACUUCCUCAACGAGCCAAAGGUCAGCGAGAUCUUUUUCCGUUUCACUUCCAAUUUGAAUAGAGAAAAUCGAGAGGAAACGUCUGAUGAUCAUCGGAAUGUAUCUGCUUUUGGAAGAGGGAUGUGUGGAAGUGUCUCGCGAGAACAAAUUCCUGAGCACCCUGACGCCAGGCAAGGUGCUGGGAGAACUUGCCAUUUUGUACAACUGCAAACGAACUGCUACGAUCAAAGCGGCGACAGACUGCAAACUAUGGGCUAUCGAGAGGCAGUGCUUCCAGACUAUCAUGAUGAGGACCGGCCUCAUCAGACAGGCGGAGUAUACGGACUUCUUGAAGAGCGUUCCAAUCUUCAAAGAUCUACCAGAAGAUACGUUGAUCAAGAUCUCGGACGUUUUAGAAGAAACUUUUUACGCGAACGGCGAUUACAUCAUCAGGCAAGGGGCGAGGGGUGAUACGUUCUUCAUAAUCAGCAAAGGAACUGUCAAAGUGACCAUGAAGAUGCCCAAUUCCAAUGAGGAAAAGUUCAUCAGAACACUUGGAAAGGGAGACUUCUUCGGAGAGAAAGCUUUACAAGGGGAUGAUUUGAGGACAGCUAACAUUAUCGUUGACGAUCCAGAUGGAGUAUCAGCACUGGUGAUAGACAGAGAAACGUUCAAUCAGUUGAUAUCCAAUCUGGAUGAAAUCAAAUCCAAAUAUAAGGAUGAAGUUGCAGAUAGGAGAAGACUGGACGCGGAAUUCGAGAACGUGGAGCUGUCCGAUCUGAGGACCCUGACUACUUUGGGCGUGGGCGGAUUCGGCCGAGUCGAACUGGUCCAAAUCCACGGCAGACCCUCCAAAUCCUACGCGUUGAAGCAAAUGAAGAAGGCGCAGAUUGUGGAGACCAGACAACAACAGCACAUCAUGUCAGAGAAGGAGAUCAUGGGCGAGGCCAACUCUGACUUCAUAGUUAAGUUGUACAAAACUUUCAAGGACGAGCGGUAUCUGUACAUGCUGAUGGAGAGUUGCCUCGGCGGGGAGUUGUGGACUGUGCUCAGGGACAAAACGCAUUUCGAUGAUGCAACAACCCGAUUCUACACGGCGUGCGUGGUAGAAGCGUUCGAUUACCUUCACUCGCGUAACAUCAUCUACCGCGACCUGAAGCCCGAGAACCUGCUCCUAGACAACCAGGGCUACGUCAAGCUGGUGGACUUCGGGUUCGCGAAAAAGCUGCAGACAGGAAGGAAAACGUGGACUUUCUGCGGGACGCCGGAAUAUGUUGCGCCGGAAGUGAUUCUGAACAAGGGGCACGAUAUUAGCGCCGACUAUUGGUCGUUGGGCGUGCUAAUGUUCGAGUUGCUGACAGGAGCACCACCGUUUUCGGGUACCGACCCGAUGAAAACAUAUAACAUUAUCCUGAAGGGCAUAGAUGCAAUAGAUUUCCCAAGAAAUAUUACUAGAAACGCAAUGGCUUUAAUCAAAAAACUAUGCAGGGAUAAUCCAGCUGAGCGGUUGGGGUAUCAAAAAGGAGGAAUCAGUGAUAUCAGGAAACACAAAUGGUUCGACGGUUUCAACUGGGAGGGCCUGGUAACCCGAACACUAGUGCCACCUAUACUUCCAAAAGUUGAAAGUGUCACGGACACCUCAAACUUCGAUAAGUAUCCCUCAGAUGAUGACGGCCCACCUCCUGCAGACACCUCAGGCUGGGACGCAUCCUUCUAGCACUAUUGUACAAUUAUUAGGUAUUUUAAUGUGCUGUUUUUACUAUUGAUAUUUUAAUUAUCGUGACCUUGGUUAGUGUCGAACUUUCGAAAAUGUAAUAAUAAGUCUAGAUACAGAUUUUUUCGGUCUUUGCAAGUGAACCAAUUAUUUGAAAUGUUCCAUCUACGUAACCAUAUUGUGUGGACACUUUAUUUGCCUUGACAGCGGUGACAGAUGUCUUCCUUAAAAUCCCCUAACAUUCUAUUAAGCUAAUAACCAGUCUUCUAGACUAAGCCCAAUCCAACUGGUCUUGAGAGCGCUAGGGGUUUUAGAUGUUUCCAAUCCUUAAACUCAGUCCAGUUCAACAAUCGGAAGGAGAGAAAGAACUAUCUUUUUAUAGAUCGAGGUACAUCAAUGCCUCGGCGCUCUCAUGACUGAGGGAAGGAAAAUAUUAUAAGGAAUUUUAAGGAAGAUAUUUGACACUCUCCUUUCACUAUAGCAAAUACGGAGUCCCUAUACAUAAUAGGGCGGCUCUAAGAAAUUACUAAACAGUCGGGCCUAAUUAUCGUGAGAUUUUUUACAGCUAACGUAGAGAAGUCCAUCAGAGCAGCGUUUUUGUUGUGUAUUACUGUAUCAGUAACCAUGAAAUAGAUGGAAUAGUUCGACAGCAGCUUUUAAUCUUUCGUAACGUUCGAUAUAUUGCGAACUGUCAAAGCUGUUCCAUUUUAUUCAGAUCAAAAGCGCUGCACCGCUGGACCGCUCUAUGUCUUAUGUCUUCAACAUUUUCAAGUGUUCGAUACUAGUGCGCCACUUUAAGGUGACACGAAAAAAGUGCCUUAUUUUUAGAUAAUGGGCAGCUGACCCAACAGUUAUUUUUAGAGAGUUUUACCGCUAGUCUGAACAAAAAACAUACUUACCCUUCCAUUUUGACAAACAGCUUUAGCUAGGACUUAAAUUCAUUUUAUGCUUCUGCCCAUUCACUAUUCAAUCACCUAGGAAUACCUCUAGAAAUUAGGAGAUUAAUUCUUGAAAAGUGACUAGAAUAAUAUAUAACAAGCAUUAGUGAUUUACUUGUUAAUUUUCAGGGAAUUGUAUACUUUUUUCUUUAUAGAAUAGUCGCUUCCAAGGCCAUUCUAUUGAUAAACAGUAUGAAAGUCUGAACGGCUAUGUGAUGAAACAUUCAAUAAUAUGAAAAAUCUAGGAAUGAAUUCACAAUCUUAAUGCUAAACGUGAUAAAAAUAAUCGCUUUAUAUUGGAUAUACUUCUUCCUCGUUUUCAUAAAUUGUAGUCCAGAGAGGCUAGCAAAUCCAUUUGAUGAUUCGGUCUUCCGAACGUUUUAAAGACAGUAUGCCUAUGUUGUCUUUGAAAAUACUCUCAAAACUGAUCUCUCUGGUAGUCACAUACCCUUACAGUGGACAAUGUAUGGAAUGUCUUGCAAUUUCAUCUGUCUUGUCAUGGUGAGGUCUAUAGAUCAUAGUAGAGGUAAAUUGAUGAUUUUUGUUCGGACUACAAAUUGUGUACAGAUGGAUCCUAGUAGUGAGAGUCGCAAUCAAAAGAUAGUGCCUAUAUUAUUUUUCACGAUACUUCAUCAAGUCACACGCAGCUCUGACAAUCUGUAAGCAGUAUAUCUCUCGACACUUGGUGCCUACGUAAAAACCCAAUUAGAUAGAUAAUUUAUUGGUCCUAUGGAUUAUACAAUAAAUUCUCUAACACUAAGAUUAAGUCUAUAUUAGAAAAACUGCAGUGGUUAAAUGUAAAAAAAUAUGUUAUGUAGUACCCAUUUUGAUAUUCAAAUUAAUUUAUUACCACAACAUUUAGAAAACUUAAAUACAAAAUUAAAUAGUCAUCAUAACUAUUGUGUUAGUUAUGUUAGUAUAGAUUCUCAUCUGCAAAAUUGUAAUAGCGUAACUAGCAAAUCUGUAUUUCGAAAGGGAGUAUUUGAAUUUAAUAAAUUGGAUACGCGACGUAGAUGCACGCCCCCAGGUUGGUGAAGAUUUUAAGAUAGACAGCUGUUCACCUCAAUAGACGUCAAAACGUGAUGCAGUAUCGUGGAAAAUAUAUUGAUGUGUAUAUUAUGUCAGAUACCUGAGCGUUUCUAAGCUAAAAUCAGAUGAACAGGUAUUUUUUAGCUAGUAUGAUGUGUUUUAUUGCAGAAGAGCUAGAUAUGUAAGCUACAUUUUUAUAUCUGUUUAACUGUAAACUCAAUUUUUUUGAGAUCUAGUGCCAAUAUUUUUAUAAAAGCAAAAAUAAGGGUUGUCCAACUGUUAAAUCUGUUCUAACAACUUGGCUAACCUAAAAUCACGAUUCUUCCAUUUUACUGGCUAGCCAAGAGAUGUAGAGUAGCGUCCACAUUUUAUAUCUUAUAUUUUUUGUGCCAUUCAAGCGUUAUGCCUGUCAGUAUAUAGACGUUUGACUAACGAUAUUAGCACUGGCGUUUGGCAAAAGUUUGUGUCCUGAUAAGGUUAGGGCUUAUUCAAGUUGCACAUCCUUUCUGAGGUGCAGCAAAGUAAUGGGAACCGCGGCGACAUUUUUCGUUUGCACACUUCAAACGUGACAGGUCAGUUUUCAAUUAAUUGUGUGUAACGCAACUCAGCGGAAGAUUAAUUUCUCUUUGCAUAUCUUCCUUCUUCAGUGGACAUGCACCUCUUAAGGUUGGUGUACUUGACGUACGGGUGUCAAACGUCAAGUGACACAAAUCGAGUGCAUAAAUGAGCCCUCUUGCUUACCACACAACCACCAUGGAACGUAUCCAACCCACUCUAGGUAUAAGCUGUAUUUUCUUCUUGUGGCACUUAUAUCUCAUUUGUCUUCUUUUGUACAGCUGUUCUGUGACUAUAAGCUAUAUUGAUAAAGUUACCCAAACCCUGCGUUCGGACUGCGUGUAUUUUGCUAAAAUAUCGCCUGAUGUGUCAGAAAACUUGGGCAUAAACUCCAAAUGAACACGGUGUUUGAUACGUGAGCGGACGAUUUUUGUGUAUCUGUGGAGGCUAUUCAUGUAACUGCCGGUACACACAGGCGUCGAAUUGUCGCGCUGCAAAUAAACGCGCGUUUACUUCACGCGAUUAAACGCUGUAAAAUUACAGCUCGACAAACACUCGCCAGGACUUGUCGAACAGCGUCGAAACGCGUCCUGUGUGAACAUUAAGUGAGCAUUUUUUUGCAGCGCGUCAAUUUAACGCCCGUGUGUACCGGCACUAAGGGCAGAGGGGCAGCAGUGAAAAGCAUCAGAUCAUUGUAAAAAAUCCCUCACGUCGGUAUCACGAAGAUUUUUCUGGAUCAUAUUUACGAAAUUACGAAAAAUAUUUCAAUCUAAACGCAGGGUUGAGCGUAUGUUUAUAUGAUACUAAGCAAUAUUUUUCUAUCAAAUUGUGAAUAAACCAACAGGUAGAUGAGACGCAAUAUAUUUUUAACAUGGUAUAUUGUAAAUAAAUUGUUAUUGAAAUUAUUUGUUGUACUAAAAAUGCAAAUAUAUUUUUCUUAAGUGAUAAAAUUA